AUGGCAGCAUGCCAUCCCUGUGCCCCGGGGAGUUACAACAAUGUGCUUGGGGCAGAUGGAUGUGAGGAGUGCAGUCAGGGGUUCUUUGCCAACGAGUCAGAAUCUACUGGAUGCAUGCAAUGCCCGAUUGGCCGCUAUGCAGCACAGAAAGGAUUGGCAACUUGUGUCGAGUGCCCGCCUGGGCUGACGACCUUCUCUAGAGGUGCUCUCGAUUCGGAUGCUUGCCUGUGCCAGGGUGAGUUGUACGAGGGACAGUGUGUCGUCUGCAGUGGCAACACCCGCUACGAGGCAGGUGCAUGCAUUCCGUGCUCCGAGGGUUUGACAUGCAACGGAGCUCGCACUGCCGUGGUGCAGCCUGGCUUCUUCACGGACACUGCCGCGCCCUUCGAUGUCUACAGAUGCCUUCCUAGCGAGUCGUGUCCUGGUGGCUUGCCUGGGACAUGUGCCGGGGGACGUAUCGGCGUCCCCUGCACCCAGUGCCCGGCUGGCCAAGCGUGGAAUACAGAUGUUUGUGCAGAUUGCACUCCAUUCAGCCUUGGUGGUUGGCUCCUUGCCGGCAUCGUCGGCGCGGUCACCAUUCCGGCACUCUACUACAUGAUGAACAUGAAGCAAACCGCCAAGGCCAUCACGAUGCUGGCCACCUCGUGUGCGCUGGCUAUGACGAUCAGCAUGCUUCAGAACGUGGGCAUCGUCGGCUACAUCUCCUUCUCCUGGCCAGCCGAGCUUCAAUGGAUAUUUGAUCUAAUGAACCUCUUCACCUUGGACCUGCAGGCGCUUGGCUUCGAUUGUGUCUCCAGUUCGCCGGUGACCGGCUACCACAUGACGGCAGCCAUGCUGCCAUGCGCUCUUCUCUGGCUCAUCGUGUGCAGCCUACUCAGUAAGGUCCUCCCAACAAAGUGGCAAUUCGACAGCGGUAAGUUGAUCAGCACCCUGGGGCAGUUCAUGCAGGUCAGCUUCACGAUCUACAGUAAGAUCGCCCUCUCCCCGAUGAUGUGCUACUCCCAUCCCAACGGCAAGAGUGGCAUGCUGGACCACAAUGGCAUCUUCUGCUUCGAGAGCGCCGAGCACACGCCCAUGUUUAUCGCAGGCGUCUGUGUCCUGUGCGGCAUGAUCGCCUUCUAUGUCCUGGCAAUUUAUGCCGCAGUCAUUGCCCCGAAGCGAGCAGCAGCGGGAGAUGCAUGGUUUCUGGCCGCCACGCGUUUCCUGCUCUUCCGCUUCCGCACCGACUGCUGGUGGUAUGGAACCUUCAUGAUGCCUCGUGGUUUGUGUCUUUCGCUUGCCAUCGUGGCCGCCGGUGACAGCCCCUACGUGCAGAUGUUGAUUAUCGUUUCCGUCAUGCUUAUCUACGUGUUCGUGCAGCUCAUAACUUGGCCAUGGAAGCUCCCUGCGCUCAAUGCUUUCGACGCGACUAUCAGCUUCUGCUUGAUCCUGAUGAUGGCCAUCCUAGGAGCUUUUGCGCCGGAGUUGGACGAGGGUACGAUGGCAUCGCUCACGAGUGCAGUCAUCAGCAUCGUGCUCUUCCUCAACAUGGUGGUAUUCCUCAUGCUCUGUGUGACCCUCUCUGCAUUGAUCCGACUGAACGUCAUGGGAGGUUCUCAGGAGAGCGUUCUCCUCGCGCUUGGAGCGAUCCCCGAGCCGGGGGUUCUCAGCGAGAAGCUCGUCCUGCUGUCCAAGAGAAUCCAGGACUUGGGCCAAGAUGCCAUGGGAGACGUACUCGCGAACCUCUCCAUCUACGACCUGCGAAUGGCAGCGCAGAUCGUGACAGCUGUGGGUUCCGAGGUGGGCGAGGCCUCUUUGGUCUUGACACGGCGGUCACAGCUGAUGCCCACAUCUUCGAUGACCUCUGCUAAGGCGGCGCUCGAGAAUAUGCCACCAUCUGCCAGCGUGUCCUCGGAAGUGAUCAAGAAGGAGACAUAUGGGGAGACCGUAAAGGAGAACAGCAGGGCCGCCUUCUGCGCUGACCCGGCUCAGUCCGCGUGGCUAUAG